AUGGGGAAGCGGCGGGUCGAAGAGGAGAACGGGGUCGUGCCCGACUCUCGUCCUUGCCCUGUGGGACCGCAAGCCUUGGUGUGUGAGGUGUACAGUGUCAAAGCUGUUGGGGUGAUUGCCCACUGUUCCCUGCAGGUAUCCAAACCGCUGGGAGUGGCCUCUGAAGAUGAGUUGGUUGGAGAGUUCCUGCAAGAGCAGAAUGCCCCUUUACUGUCCCGUGCACCCCAGACCUUUAAGAUGGAUGACCUGUUGGCUGAGAUGCAGGAGAUUGAGCAGUCAAACUUCCGACAGGCCCCUCAGCGAGCUCCAGGUGUGGCAGCCUUGGCGCUGUCUGAAAACUGGACCCAGGAGUUCUUGGCUCAGGCAGAUGGCACUGGUGAUGUCUCUUCAGACUACAACGAGGCUGACUGGUCACAGGAGUUCAUAGCUGAAGUGACAGAUCCACUCUCUGUGUCUCCUGCCAAGUGGGCAGAAGAAUACCUAGAGCAGUCAGAGGAGAAACUGUGGCUCGGGGAAUCGGAAGACCAGUCGUUGGCAGAUAAAUGGUAUGAGGAAUAUCAACCUGAGGAUGAUCUUAAGAAAACUGCUAGUGAUUUCCUUUCUAAAGUGAAUGAUCCCAAGCUCAACAAUUCUGAGUUCCUAAAGUUUGUUCGCCAGAUCGGAGAUGGGAGGGUAUCGAUCGAAGCUAAUCAGGUGACCCUCAGAGACCAAGAUCAGGCAGAGCAAUGGGCAGCUGAGUUUAUACAGCAGCAGGGGGCAUCCGAUGCCUGGGUGGAUCAAUUUGCGCAAUCUGGGAACAUGUCAACUCUUGAUACGGAAUUUGAGCAGGCAAAGACUGCUGUGGAGUCAGAUGUGGACUUCUGGGACAAACUCCAGGCAGAAUGGGAGGAGAUGGCCAAGAGAGAUGCAGAAGCUCACCCUUGGCUCUCUGAUUAUGAAGACCUAAGCUCCUCUUCAUAUGACAAGGGUUACCAGUUUGAGGAAGAUAAUCCCAUGAGAGAUCACCCUGAGGCAUUUGAAGAAGGACGGAAGCGCUUGGAGGAAGGAGACCUCCCCAAUGCUGUCCUCCUGUUUGAAGCUGCAGUGCAACAGAAGCCGGAUCAUAUGGAAGCCUGGCAAUAUCUGGGAACCACCCAAGCAGAGAAUGAACAGGAGCUCUUGGCAAUCAGUGCCCUCAGACAGUGCUUAGAACUGCAGCCUGGGAACCUCACUGCACUAAUGGCGUUAGCAGUCAGCUUCACCAACGAGUCUUUGCAGAAGCAAGCAUGUGAGACCCUGCGAGACUGGCUACGCAAUAAACCAGCCUAUGCCCACCUGCUGGAGAAGGAACCAGAGGGGGGUGUCUCGGGGACAAACAUUGGGCCUCCCAAGCGUGCGCUGAGUUCCCUGUUGUCUGACUCACUCUUCACGGAGGUGAAAGAGCUGUUCUUGGCAGCUGUGCGCAGCAACCCCUCAGCUGUGGAUCCUGAUGUGCAGUGUGGCCUGGGUGUCCUUUUCAACCUGAGUGGCGAGUAUGAGAAGGCUGUGGAUUGCUUCAGUGCUGCACUCAGCGUGCGCCCCAAUGACCAUCUUCUAUGGAACAAGCUUGGUGCCACCCUGGCCAAUGGGAAUAGGAGUGAGGAAGCUGUGGCUGCGUAUCGCCGGGCACUGGAGCUCCAGCCAGGAUAUAUCCGGUCUCGCUACAACUUGGGCAUCAGCUGCAUCAACUUAGGCGCCCACCGUGAGGCUGUGGAGCACUUCUUAGAGGCUUUGCAUAUGCAGCAGAAGAGCCGAGGCCCACGCGGGCAGCAAGGCGCUAUGUCUGACAACAUCUGGAGCACCCUCCGCAUGGCCCUCUCCAUGCUGGGGCAGAGUGAUCUGUAUGGGGCAGCUGAUGCCCAUGAUCUUCCCACACUGCUUCAGGCAUUUGGCCUCCAGCAGUGACUCUGGGAUGGGCUCCCCUGUGAGUGCAGGAUUGGCCCAGCCCAGCAGUGACCUACCCUAGGGAGAAAAUGUUUACUAGGGUUCCCAUGUAUCUUCGCUCUGGUAGGACAGAUCAUUGGCAACCAGUUUUUUGAAGGACCUCCUGUUGAAGAGUGCAACUUCCACUACUCGUCUGUUGAGGCCUGAGCAUCUCCAAACUGUUCAUGUUAUCACCUCCAUGGCUGACUGACCCUCUGCUGGUAGGCAGAUAAUCAAAGUAGGGAAAUGGCAACCUCCAGCCCUCUUGCCAGACUGUGCAUUUGCAGUAACGUCCAGCAUGGCUUUGAAACCUUACAAUAACCUGCAGGGACUGUCUGCUGGACAUGUCACGAGUGCAGGUUGCUUUGGUGGGGUGGAAUUGCCAUUUGAUGAAAGUAUGACAAAUUUUGGGAUUCGAGCAUGCUUCCCUCAUGUAUGUGAGUGCAUGUGUGUAUAUGUGAGUUGCUAGGGAAAGCUGGGAGCAGCAGCUCCCUCUUCUGGGUACUAGUGACUUUACGGUACAGCCACACAUUAGUUUCUGAGUGUUUUGGUGUCUUUUCAGAGCAGAGCAUGCUGCUGUACUCAUGCUGUGAACAUGGGUGGAAGCCCUUAGACCAUAGGGGUAAGAGGAGAUCCUAGACUUCAGACUUGAGGGACUCUGAUGGGAAUAAGAGUCUAAAAUGUAAAACCCUCUCUCAGAACAUGGAGGCGGGGAGAGGGUCAAGUCUUAAUUUUCACAUGAUCAUCUGUCAUUGUUUCUCCUUUGUGCAGAAGUUUCCCAUCCUGCUUGUAAUUGAAUCUUGUUAAUUAUAAAUAUCUGUAUAUGAUUCUGUUGGGGAAAAUGGUUUUUUAAUUGUAAAAUAUUUUGUAUAAUAUAAAGGGGGGGAAAUUAAAAUUGCCAAAACGA